CUAAACGAGCAAAGUAGAGUCGUGGACGAAGAAACGAUCCCUGGGAGGCUGUCACCCACCCAAACCACUGAAUCGAGAAGUUCAACUUUUAAGAAAGUAUCUUGAAUAAUUUGUAUUUAUUCCGGACAUAUUCUAUUAGUGUUGCUAUUUUUACAGAACAGUCUUUUUCUCAUUUGGUAUAUCUUGGAAUUUAACGUCGCGUUUGGUGUCAGUAAAGUGGUGAGUGAUGCAACAUGGCAGUAAGUGCUGCUGUCCGUAAGUGUUUUGUGUCCGCUUUGGUGACACAAGCCCGCUGUCAGAGACUCAACGCUUUGCCCAAGAACACGUUUUCUCGGGCGUCUUCUGCUGUGACCUGCGGCCACGGAGAACCCACGGGGAGGAAGAGUCUUUACGACAGAGCCGAGGCGGAAGGAGACAGUGGCCAGAGCGGCGGCUCUGUCCUGUGGACGUCGCUGGGUUUGGGGCUCUGUGGUGCGGCUUUUCUGGACAGCCAAAAGGACAAAGGGGUCAGAGGAGACUCUAAGUCCAGGAGGUUUCUAGAGCUCCUUCUACCCUCGGCUCACUGUGCCUCCCCCUUUAAACCAGACAGCCCCCGCUUUAAGUACAACUUUAUUGCAGAUGUGGUGGAGAAGUCCACUCCAGCUGUUGUGUACAUUGAGAUCUUGGGCAGACACCCUUUUUCAGGGAGGGAAGUCCCGGUGUCGAACGGCUCUGGUUUUAUCAUCAGCAGUGAUGGUCUCAUCGUCACCAAUGCACACGUUGUGGCCAACAAGAGAGGCGUUCGUGUGAAGCUCACCAAUGGGGACAUGUACCACGCCAGCGUGCAGGACGUGGAUCCUGUGGCCGACAUCGCAACCAUCAAAAUCACUACAAAGAACCCACUACCCACUCUGAAACUGGGCCAGUCGUCAGAUAUUCGACAGGGGGAGUUUGUGGUCGCCAUGGGAAGCCCGUUCGCUCUCCGGAACACGAUCACAUCCGGGAUCGUUAGCUCGGCGCAAAGGGACAGCAAGGAGCUGGGCCUGUCCAACCCCAACAUGGAGUACAUCCAGACAGACGCCACCAUCGAUUUUGGAAAUUCCGGAGGUCCACUGAUUAAUCUGGAUGGGGAAGUUAUUGGUAUCAACACAAUGAAGGUCACUGCUGGGAUUUCAUUUGCUAUUCCAUCUGACCGGCUGAAAAUCUUCCUUGAUCAAGCAGCAAAGAAAACCAAGUCUUCAGUUGGCGAAUCUAGAACUAAGGCUCGAUACAUUGGAGUUAUGAUGCUGACGCUGACUCCAAGCAUCAUCACUGAGCUGCAGCUGAGAGACCCCAUGUUCCCCAACGUGACGCAUGGCAUCCUGAUCCACAGAGUCAUCAUUGGCUCGCCUGCUAGCAGAGCCGGCAUGCUAGCAGGAGACAUCGUAGUGGAGAUCAACGGCGUUAAAGUCAACACCUCAGAGGAGAUCUACAAGGCGGUCCGCAGCAGCGACAGGAUCACCAUGCUGGUGCAGAGAGGGAAGGAGCUGCUGCGACUGCAAGUGACUCCUGAAUUCAUCGAGUAACAGGAUGGAGACGGACAGGCGUCAUGUCUGCCUUCCCUGCUGGCACACUGAGGAAAUGUGAACACAGACUCUUCGUUUAAGUUUCCCUUUGAGUAGCACAGAUGCCAUUUUAAUAACUCUGAGAAAUGAAACAUCUAAUUUGAAAUGUUUGUCUUCCCCGACCCAUAAUGCACUGUUUGUUAAAUAAAAAGGUCAACUGCAAA